ACGUGAUGAGGUCACGCGACGCCCGGGCGCCGAACCAGGGAAGUGCAGCAGCCGGUAGCUCAGAGAGCCGGUGGAGGUGCAAAAUGGGGGAGAAAACGGACAGCGUUGACAAUGAGCCGGAGGUGAACUAUUUCUCAAUGGAAGAAGUGAAAACUCACGACAAGAGCAAAUCUACGUGGCUGGUCUUACACGACAAAGUGUACGAUGUCACUAAAUUCCUGGAGGAGCAUCCUGGUGGAGAGGAGGUGCUCUUUGAACAAGCUGGAGGGGAUGCCACAGAAAGCUUUGAAGAUGUGGGACAUUCAUCUGAUGCCAGAGAGAUGCUGAAGCAGUAUUUCAUUGGAGAACUUGAUUUGGCCGAUCGUAAAAAUGAAAGUUCUAAGGAUGUGUUAAUAACGACAUCUUCAAGCCAUUCCAGUUGGUGGACAAAUUGGCUUAUUCCUGCUUUUGCAGCUGGUGUUAUAGGACUCAUGUACCGCUUAUACCUUUUUGAGACCAGGAGUUCUUCCUGAAACAUUCCACUUUAAAUUAACUAUGCUGAAGGUGCAACGAGGUGUGGUGAAUCAGAAACCAGCAGGCCAGUAACACCCAUGUGUUCAAGGUUUUAUCAAGAAAUGAAUGUUAUUUAAUUUAAAUGCAAGACCAUUGUGAAUCUUUUUUCUAUUCUAUGCACCUGUUAGUGAAGUAAAUGCAGUCUGUUCUGUCAGAAUUUUAUAAAGAGCACACAACCAAUUGAAUAAUAAGCAUUUUUUGAGUCCUACGUCUGACUUUUUAAUGAAAAGCACAUCAGAUAUUGAAGAAUUCAGUACCACUGAUGCUGCAAAUAUCCAUCCAUUGUAAAAUCUUGGUAAAUGUUACCUUUAUGCAUAUUAAUGAAUAAUUAUGUUCACACAAAUUACAUUUUUUCCUUUGCUUUUACAAAAAUACUUUUCCUUAAACUGGCCUACACUAUGUAUGUGCAUUUUAAAAUAUAAAAGGCAUAUUACAAAUUUCUAAUUUUACAAGACACUUUUUUGGAGCUGGUAAUGUAAAAUGAAAUGUAGCUAAAAUUCUUAGCAUUUCUUGCCCAUUUCUCCUUGAGGGUGAUAAAUUCAAGACAGGUACAGUUUCAUUGGUUUAUAGCAUUCUGAUAUACCAACUCAAACAAACAUUCCUGAAGAUAGGAUAUUGUUUCAAGCAGACUUGGAUGAUUUUAGACUUUAUGCACAGCGUCCCAACAACCAGUAGACUGGAAUGGGAUUGUUUCGAUUUCUUUGGUUUCCUUCCCUAGCUCAAUAAUAGUUGUUGUGGUGCUAAUUUCUGUCUUAAAUUAUGCAACUUUACAAAGAUAGCUGAUCCAUUUAUCCACUGAGCAAUAAGGAUAAAGGGACUAUUAUGGUUAUCUUGGAUGUGGUUUGGUACUCUGUACCCCGAAUUGAAAGUGAUGUGGCCUACUAUUGCUGAUGUGCUGGGCCUUAACUUUCCCUGAAGGAAUAAGAACAAGAACUCCUAAGUUGCAUCUCAAAAUAUCUAAUCAGGUCUUUGGUCCUGGCCCUUCUACUUAUUGGAAUUUUGUCUACAUGAUUACCAAUCUUGUACUUUAUAAAUAUUUAUGUUAAUUAAUGCAGAUGGUUAUUUUUGCAUGUUAUGUUUCAGAUUUCGUUAAUCACAUUUAAGAUUAAAAUGUUCACUGUAUGUUCAAUUUGUUGCUAUGCACAUGAUUUGUAUCUAUCUGCUAUGUCUGCAGGAUUUGAUUUGUAUAUUCAGACUGUAACUGGGUAGGUUUUUUAAUCAAUUUUCAAUGAUGUAUCAAAAAUAUUGGAUUACUCCUGCACUGUGCAAAUCUUUGACUUUCAGUAUGAUGCAGUGUUUGCAAUAGCAAUUUCAUCCGGUUUCAUUAAAUUCUUCAUCUGAUCUAAGAAAUACUUUCCACUGCUAUCCUAAAAGGCAUUUCACUUGUUCUUUAAUUUACUGUAAUAGCUGCUAUAAUGUAUUCUUGAAUUGUAUAUUUUAUUUAAUGUCAAGAUAACCAGCUAUAAUGUUUUCGGCCUCUGCUUCAUAUAAUUAUGCAACAUAAUCUGUCUUGAAUGCUGUAUUGGGCUAUGUGCGUACAACAUUUGCUAAUCACAAAAUCUUUAUUGGAAUAAUUUUAUAACUGACACCAGACUCAGAAUUUAGUAUCAUAAAUGCACUUUGUUGAGUAAUAUCUGUACCAAUGAGCAAGUACUUGUCUAUUAAAAUUAAUUUAAUUGCCAAAUUG